CGUCACAACUGCGUCCACUGGGAGUUACAUCACGAAGGCAAGCCGGUACAUUUCCUCCAUCGUCCGUGAGAAUUGACAACCCCAAGGGACCUCCAAACAUAAACCUUUUGACUCGCAAUCUUCCCCAUUCACGCUUCUUUUCUGUUCACAGUCACGAUGUCUACCUACGAGGAGAACGAGUCCAAGUUUAUAAGAAAAGCCAAGGAGAAUCCAUUUGUCCCUGUGGGAAUGGCCGGCUUCUUCGCCAUCGUGGGCUACAGACUGUGGAAGUUGAAAAGUCGCGGGGACACGAAAAUGUCCGUGCACCUGAUCCACAUGCGCGUGGCCGCGCAGGGCUUCGUGGUGGGAGCCAUGACCCUCGGUGUUAUUUAUACAAUGUACAGAGACUUCUUUGCCAAACCAAGACAAGACCAGAACCCGACGCAAUCCAAGUGAACGUGGUGGACUCAACUCCUUUUGUUUAACGUCCCUUAAUAUUACCUCAUAUUAAGGUUUAUUUUUCUACUGAUAGGCCCCACCGUACGUAUUCGCAUUUCCACAAAGUAAAUAUAAGAUUUUACUACCUGCUUAUGGAAUAGUACUGUAUAUCCGACCCAUCACACGGUUUGCAGUUGUUGAUCUUGAUUUAUUUUUUUAAUUUUAUUUUGAAUCGUGUGUGUGUGUGUGUGUGGCUGUGUGAGUUAUUGAAUGGCAGUUAAAAUAAUAUUUAUAGUUUUGUGAGAGUGGGCUCGGACUGAAAAAAAAAAAUCCAUGAUUUGUCAUUCUUCAUGUCCUAGUUUAAGGAUUAUUAUUAUUUUUGCCAAAUCAGAAGAGGCACCUGAAGCCACUCUGGGCAUCACUUGGAUUAAUACAUCAAUACACUGAAUUACGUGUACAUGCAUUUGUCAAGGUUAUUCAAAUAUAUUCAUGCACCGGGCUCAAUAAAAGUAGAUGUAAAGACUGAGUUAAAUAUCACAUUUUAGUUCAACAAGGGUACAGUUAUACAUUUACAAGGGAAGCUUCGUAGACUUAAAUACAGUAUAUUUUGGAGCUAGUUGUGCUGUAUCAUAUUUAAUGCCUUAUGUGACAAAUUUGUAUGCAGUUUCCUUGUGUUGUUUCUGUCUCACAAAAAAAAAAUAAACCAUAGUUCUGUCA